AUGAAAUGGUACACCAACGAACGUGUCCAAAACCAAGAAGACUACUCAUCAUCCGAUGCAUUACUUGACUUCACAAAAUCAAAUGGAAUUUCAGUGAGAGGCCAAAACGUAUUUUGGGAUGACCCCAAGUAUCAACCGAGUUGGGUUCCAAAUCUUGAACCACAACAACUCACGGAUGCAACCACCAAGAGGAUAAAGAAGUUAGGAGGGAUGGGUUCUUCUUCGAAAUUUUACUCGAUAGCUAAUGUUCUUGAUGGAAAUGUUGAUUUGUUCUUGAAUGAAUAUAAUACGAUUGAAGAACCGGGUUAUGGGUUGUCAUCUCCUAAUAGUUAUCUCAAAAAAAUUGAAGAGAUUUGGGGUGAGGGUUAUCAUGAGCCAUUAUCAAUCAGGCUUCCCAUUUGGAUCACUGAACUAGAUGUCCAACCUGGCCCUACUCAGGGGGGGUUAUUGGAACAAGUGUUGAGAGAAGCUCACACACAUCCGGCAGUGAAUGGGAUAGUUUUGUGGUCUGCAUGGAGUCCAGAAGGAUGCUACAGAAUGUGUUUAACAGAUAAUGAUUUCAGGAACUUGGCUACAGGCGAUGUGGUGGACAAGAUUAUUAAAGAAUUUUUUGGUGCAGUUGUUUCUAUGAGACUUCGUUGA